AUGGGAGGAAUCUGUUAAAAGUAAAUUACUCAUUCGGAAUAAGAAAUAAACAAAUCUAAAUAAGCAAGAAUCUAUAUAAAGGGUCCGCCUAAAGUUUAAAAGCCUUCUCCAAUUAAGAAUUUGUAAUUUUAAUCAGACGUGGUUAUGAUAGAAAUGGAAAAAUGUAUUUCACUACCAAAAAUUUAAUCUUAAGAAGAAGAAUUUACAAUUGCCGAAUUAGAAAUGACCAUCAAGGAUGUCAAAAUUUAAUAAACAGAAGAAAUUGUCUUUCUUUAAGAAGGUGAUUAGUAAGAGCAGUAAGGCAACUCAAAUGUUGAAAGAAACAGUCUCAAAAACUAAUUCAAGGGUUCAAACACUAGCAUUUCUAAGCGUAAGUCAAUACUGAAAAACAAAAUACCCGAUGGAUCCAACCCUCAGAGCCCUAACACUCAAAUAUUAGAAACUUAAACAAUUGCCUCACAAAGGUCUUUGAAAAAGGUAACCUUCAAUAAAAAGCGGAAAGUAGUUUAUAGUAGUUUUAGAAACUUAAAAAACUGA